ACACUCACCUCUCUCUCUCUCUCUCUCUCUAGGGUGAUCCAGAGCUAUAACCCCAGCUUCCCAGUCGGCUGCCAUGUGGUCAGUGAUUGUGGAUGGAGGAGUCACUGGGUGUGUGAUGGGGCAGAGCUGACCCCUGUGCUGCCAGACUGGCCCCUGGACAUCCCCCUCUCCCUGGCCCUGGGGGCCAUCGGCAUGCCUGGUCUGACAGCUCUGUAUGGACUAGAGGAGGUGUGUGAGAUAAAGAAGGGGGAGACUCUUCUGGUGAACGCUGCAGCAGGAGCCGUGGGCUCAGUGGUGGGACAGAUCGCCAAGAUCAAGGGCUGCAGAGUGGUGGGCUGUGCGGGGACAGAUGCCAAGGUGUCCUAUCUAAAGGAGCUGGGUUUUGACCAGGUCUUCAACUACAAGACUGUCACCUCUCUGGAGGAAUCACUCAGGGAGGCCGCGCCACACGGAUACGACUGCUACUUUGAGAACGUUGGUGGGAAGUUCUCCAGUGUAGUGAUGCCUCAGAUGAGAGAGUAUGGCAGAAUAGCUGUGUGUGGAAGCAUCUCCAUGUACAACGACACCACACCGCAGACAGGUAUACUGUCCACACCACAGACAGGGCCGUAUGUACACACCUAUAUGAUCUUCAAACAGCUGAGGAUGGAGGGCUUCCUGUGUGCUCGCUGGAAACACAAACACCAGCAGUCACUGAGGAGGCUGAUGGCCUGGAUGACUGAGGGCAAGCUGAGAUGCAAUGAACACAUCACCAGUGGUUUCAACAACAUGCCUGCUGCCUUCAUGGGCAUGCUACAGGGGGACAACAUCGGCAAGGCUGUGGUCAAGGUGUGAUGAUGUCACAAUCACAUCAACAUUACACUCUUCCAGAACAUCUGGCUGAAGCAUUCCAGAACACUCCAGGUUCUAGAAUCGGAAUCGGUUUUUUAUUCAACAUUCCAAAUCCUUCCUGAAUACUACACUCUAGUGUUCAACAUACAGCUACAGGUUUUGGUCCAGUGUAAUUCAACAUACAGCUAGACAGGUUUAGGUCCAGUGUAAUUCAACAGACAUCUAGACAGGUUUAGGUCCAGUGUAAUUCAACAGACAUCUAGACAGGUUUAGGUCCAGUGUAAUUCAACAGACAUCUAGACAGGUUUAGGUCCAGUGUAAUUCAACAGACAUCUAGACAGGUUUAGGUCCAGUGUAAUUCAACAGACAGCUAGACAGGUUUAGGUCCAGUGUAAUUCAACACACUGCUAGACAGGUUUAGGUCAAGUGUAUUUCACCAGACAGCUAGACAGGUUUAGGUCCAGUGUAAUUCAACAGACAGCUAGACAGGUUUAGGUCCAGUGUAAUUCAACAGACAGCUAGACAGGUUUAGGUCCAGUGUAAUUCAACAGACAGCUAGACAGGUUUAGGUCCAGUGUAAUUCAACACACAGCUAGACAGGUUUAGGUCCAGUGUAAUUCAACAGACAGCUAGACAGGUUUAGGUCCAGUGUAAUUCAACAGACAGCUAGACAGGUUUAGGUCCAGUGUAAUUCAACACACAGCUAGACAGGUUUUGGUCCAGUGUAAUUCAACACACAGCUAGACAGGUUUUGGUCCAGUGUAAUUCAACAGACAGCUAGACAGGUUUAGGUCCAGUGUAAUUCAACACACAGCUAGACAGGUUUUGGUCCAGUGUAAUUCAACACACAGCUAGACAGGUUUUGGUCUAGUGUAAUUCAACAGACAGCUCGACAGGUUUUGGUCUAGUGUAAUGACAUUAACUAAAUAAAACAUGUCUUCACAAUA